AUGGCAAGCUCAAGAAUCAACGAGGAUAGGAGCAACCGAUCUGCUGCUUAUAGAGCAGUCUUAGAGGGAAAAAAACAGUCAGUAGAAACCUUUCGCAGUUUCUGGAGGGAAGAAGGUGUUGAACCACUUGAUAAAUGUGGUGAUACUGUUCUCCAUUUUCUGGCCAUUUACGGAAAUGUGGAUGCCUUCAGAUUACUUCUCCAGGAUGGUCUUGUGACCAGUGAAAAUCUGAAGGCAAAGAAUGUCAAUGGCGACACUGCAUUGCAUGGAGCUGCAAGAUUUGGCCACAAGGAUGUUGCAGAGUUCAUGUUAAGGACAGAAAAGGAUUUAGUGUCUGAGAGAAACAAACUGGGUGAAACCCCCCUUUUUGUGGCUGCUGCAUGUGGGAAAAAGGAAGUUUUCUCACUUCUGGAAAAGUACAUCGGUGAUUGCAUGAUGAGGAGGAAUGAUGGAUGCACAAUCCUUCAUGCUGCUGUAAUUGGAGGAUAUUACAGUCUAUGCUGGUGGAAUAUGAUGUGGGAUGUUGUUGCAUUAAAUGUUAGUCCUUUUCAAGUUUUCGCUCUAUUGUAUCAAACAGGUUUGGCAAUUGGCAUAUUGGAGUCGUAUCCUGAUCUUGCUGGCAAACGUAAUGAAAAAGGAAAAACUGCUUUACAUCUUUUGGCUGCAAAACCAGAGUCCUUCAGGAGUGUUUCUGCCUACACGCUCAACGAUCUUGGCAGGAAGUCCCUCAUUCCUCUGCAUAUACUCCGAGCUAUAAUCUAUUGGUGUAUUCCGGUCUUGAACAAGGAAUCGCAACCUGUCAACAGUGCAGAAGAACCAAGCAAUUCAGCUUCCAUUCAUAAAUUGGACAGAUCUUCUUCUGUCAAUUAUAUCUUGGGUAAAGCAUCUUCUUGCAUCUACUACAUAUGCACUCAUGCUAGUGAUGAUAGAAUAUGUUGA